AUGGUGAAGGAAACCACCGAAGCGCACGGCGGCGAGGUGACCAUCAUGUCUGCGACGACGGUGGAGCCGGCGCUGCCGCUGCAGCAGCACCGUCUGCCGCUGUCUAACCUGGACCUCCUCCUGCCGCCCAUCGACGUCGGCGUCUUCUUCUGCUACCUCCACCCGGCGCCCACCGCGGCCGCCCUCAAGGAGGCGCUCGCCAAGGUGCUGGUGGCGUACUACCCGCUCGCGGGAGAGGUUGUGGCCAACGGUGACGGCGAGCCGGAGCUGCUGUGCAACUGCCGCGGCGUCGACUUCACCGAGGCUAGCGCCGGCGACACCGAGCUGCGGGAGCUUCGGCUGGGCAUUGUGGACGAGGGCGUCGACAAGCUUGUUCCCUCCAAGAAGGCCGGCGUCAUAUCUGUUCAGGUCACAAAGUUUAAGUGCGGCGGCGCCGUCGUCGGCUGCACUUUCGACCACCGGGUCUGCGACGCCUACUCCUUCAACAUGUUCCUCGUCGCAUGGGCGGCCACGUCCCGUGGUGGCUCCGUACCACCGGCACCGACCUUCCGCCGCUCCCUAGUGUCCCCGCGCGACCCAUCGCCGCGUACGUAUGCCACCAACGCCCUGAUCGACCGCCUUUUCUCCCCUCUUAGCUCAGCGUCGCCACCCCCUCCGGCCACCGUUGCCGCCACCGCUGUCAACCGCAUCUACCGUAUAGCCGCUGCCGACGUCGCGGCGCUGCAGGUCACGGCCGGGCCAGGACGCACGAAGCUUGAGGCAUUCACGGCUCACCUGUGGCAACUCUGCUCUAUGUCGGGCUCAGCACAUCAGCGUCUGUGCUGCAUGGGCAUGGUCGUGGACGGGCGCGCCCGCAUGUCACCGGACGGCGCCAUGAAGGCCUACUUCGGUAACGUGCUGACCAUAACUUACGGUGUCAACAGCAUCGACGACCUUCGUCGUCGCAUGGCGCUCGCCGACGUGGCGGACGACGUGCACCGGUGGGUGCGUGAGGCCGCGACGGACGAGCACUUCCGGGGCUUGAUCGACUGGGUGGAGGCGCUGCGGCCCAAACCGGCCGCGGCCAGGGCGUACCUGGGCGGCACCGGCGGCACCAAGGCGACGGCGUGCAUCGUGUCGUCGGGCAUGGGUUUUCCGGUCCGGGAGAUCAACUUUGGGACGGGCCUGCCGGCGUUCGCUUCGUACCACUUCCCGUGGCCCGCCGGCGCGGCAUACGUGAUGCCGAUGCCGAGUGCGCGCGACGACGGGGAAUGGGUGGUGUACGUGCAUGCAGCGCCGGAGCUGGUGAAGGUGAUGGAGGAGGAGCCGACUGUUUUCAAAGUUCUCGAGAACAGCUACGUGUUCGGAUGA